AUGCCGAAGAGAAAGAAAACCGCGGCGGAAGUCUUCGAUGAAGCGGAGGAGAACGGCUGGGAGCCGAUUGCGAACGCCGAGGUGAAUGGAGAUCCGGUUAGCAGACCUAUUGAAUCCGGGACGGAGCUGAACUACGAUCGAAUGACCAUCCUCUGGGACGAGUAUGCAAGGCGAAACCCUGGUGUUACCCCCUACGAUUUACGGUCUGCGAAGCAUUUCAUGGAGGGUAUUGUGAAGGGGAGCAAGACUGGCCUGAGUCUGUGCUACAUGAAGCAAAAGUGGACCGACUUUGGCGCCGCUUGGAAGCGACAACCUGGUAACCGAAAGAUCCCCCACGAGGUGUCGGAGUCAGUGUACUAUUACAUAGAAACGGUGUUGAAGAAAAGGUACCACCUCUCAACCGAACGACGGCAGCCACAUUUUAUGACGGUGCCCCAUUUUAUCGUUCUGAUCAAACAUGAGUGGCAAAAGGAUUGGCACCAGUAUACACAUCCGAGGAGCCUGGUUCAGAACCACGCGGCCUGCAUCCUCUUCGUUUACACGCCGUCGAGGGUGGGAGAAAUCUUCGAAUCCAACAUGCGCCGCGGCUCCGGACGAGGGUUACUGUAUAAGGAUGUCGUCUUCGUCGUCUUCAAGAAUGAGCAAGGAGAGCCGGAGCUCGCCGUGCGGGCCACGCGCGACGCGAAAGGCUUCACCAAUAAGCCACACAAAAGACCACAGCAUGGAAUGUAUGAGAAUAUGCAACCGCUGUACGCGAAUCCGGUCCUGCCCUUACUGGCCAUCGCCCUCGCCGAUGGCGCCUUCCAAGAUUACCUCACCUUCGAGGAAAUCGAGGCGAUCCCGGCCCCGGUCGAUGGGUCCUUACACCAUCUUCGAAUUCGGAAAGAGCUGCACCAGGUACCUUUUUUCCGGACCAUGUCCCCCGAGGGGCCGACGGGAAGGAUUCAACCUGCAGUUUCCUUCAGCACAGGGCUCGUCGGCUUGGGCCAUCGAGCCGGGUAUAAAGAAAAUAUCCGGGUUCACGAUUUUAGAAGGGAGGUGCUGGUCAAGGCUGACGACAACGGCUACUCGACCGCGGAGAGAAUGAAGUUUGCAGGUCACGAAAAUUCCGACACCUUCUUCGGCUCAUACAUGCCUCAAAUAAGUACCGUCGACGGGCAAUCCAGCUACUGGGGAAAACCCCGCCGUACUGUCUACCUGGAGGGCUUCCGCGGUCUCUCACUGCAGCACCACCCGCAGAUGCUGCAAUCGCUGCCGGCUAAGGUGCAGGCGGAUCUGAAAGGGCGCGCCGACUUCAUCGCGCUCAACGAGGAGAUCGAGCUCCUCGGAGAACGGAUCCGACACCUUUCACUCGUGCACGACAGCAAGCCUGAACGGACCCGUCGGGAGGAGCUGUAUUGGCAGAAACGCCAGAUGGUGUCGGAAGAACUCAGCAGGUGGCAGGAGAUCCAACCCCGGAAGGUCCACCAGGACACCGAAAACGAGGCAUCGCCUGUCGCAUCGCUCCCCAGCUUCUUCAGCCGUGUCCGGCGGCUGGAUCCACCUCGUGACCGUCUGGCCUCCUCUCUUUUUUUCGACGUUCCUCUCCGGAGCCCUGAGGGGCGUGUGGCUCUCCAAGAUAUGAUUACCCUGUGUCGAGAGAACCCUAAGGUGGCCUACCGCCCGAGUCUGCGUCCAGAGAGCGACCGCUGUCCCGUAUCGGCGUGCGCGGUCGAGAUGGAAAGCCUCCAUCUCGCGGCCCGAUGGGAUCACAUUUACCGAUGCCAUAAGACCAGUCUCGCAGCCAAACACGGCUCUGCCGAGCUGUGCUUCCAAUGUGACGAGUGGAUCACCGGCAAGCAGGGUUGGCGCGAGCAUUGCCGGCGCCAUCUGGACGAUAUAGAGUCGCUACCAGUCCAGUGGAAUCCCCUGAUUUUCCGUCAGACCUUGACCGCAGCUGGUCACUGCCCUUUCUGCCUGUUUAACUCGCUACUCCCACCCGACGAGCGGUUCCGUCAGUUCACGAAAAAGCUGCCCUGGCAGCUGCACCUGGACGGGCAUUUCGACGGGCUCGAGAAGGACGACGAGCUCGCUCUCGCUUCGAACGAGAUAAAGGCGACGCUGUGCCCCGACCCGCGAUGCGGCCUCUCCUUCGAUGCCGUCGUAGAUCUCCAAUACCACGCCCAGGACACUCACUGUUACAAGCGGACCAGGUCCAGCAUAAGCAAACGACAUUGUCGUGCCAAGCGAUCGCGUUCGAAAGCCGAAGACCGCUUCAUCGCCUUCGCCAAGUCCGUCUACUCUUCUGACGUCCCCGAGGGCAAUCACCAGUCCUCCUUUGUCGGGAAGGCCGCGAUGGCAGUGACCUCUGAUCCUGCUGUCUCAUCGAGAGACUACUUCGACACUCUGCUCUCCUCGGCCCACUCGCAGUUGAGUGAGACAACUGCUCCCGUCGGCUCCUGCAGCCGCCCACACCCAGGCCUACUGAUCGACCCAAGUCUUUCCGAUCUGGCGUUGACGAAACUCGCGUCGCCGGUGGGCCUCGGGGUUUCUUUACCCUCCUCCGAACGCAAGCAUAGUUCGACCGGAAACAGUCCAUCGGAGUCGGAGUAUUGCACGCCAGAUGCCGUGGAGGCACCAUGGACCAUUGAGCUACCGAUCUGA